CCCUUUUGUGUAAACGCCUGGCAGAGUGACUGGCUGUUCCUGCAGGCACAGCUGUGGCCAUGGCCGGGUGGAGGCUGGGCUAGGCAGCAGGGCCCUCCCAGAUCCUCCCUUCAGCAUUCUUAGGGGGCAGGGGCCAUGCAGUCCCGGGGCCUCUGCUUGGCCUGACCCCUGGUGGGGCCCCAGCCCAGUAACAACAGAAAUGUGGGGUUUAUCCAGCGCCUCGCUGCCUGGGGGCCUCGUCGCCCUCCUCCUCAUCCAGCUGUCGUCCAGCUACGCAGGACAGUUCAGGGUGAUGGGACCAGCACACCCGCUCCGGGCCCUGGUCGGGGACGCCGUGGACCUGCCCUGUCGCAUCUCUCCCGGGAAGAACGCCUCGGGCAUGGAGGUGGGGUGGUACCGGCCGCCCUUCUCCAGGGUGGUCCACCUGUACCGACAGGGCCAGGACCAGGACGCGGAGCAGGCCCCCGAGUACAGGGGCCGGACCGAGCUGCUGACCGACGCCCUCGGGGAGGGGAAGGCGACCCUCAGGAUCCGGAGCGUCAGGUUCUCUGACGAGGGCGGCUUUACCUGCUUCUUCCGAGACCAUUCCUACCAAGAGGAGGCGGCGGUGGAGCUGAAAGUGGAAGAUCCCUUCUACUGGGUCAGCCCUGGAGUGCUGGUUCUCAUCGCUGUGCUGCCCAUGCUCCUCCUGCAGAUCUCCGUGGGCCUCGUCUUCCUCUGCCUGCAGCACAGACUGAGAGGGAAACUUCGAGCAGAAAUAGAGAAUCUGCACCGGACUUUUGAUCCCCACUUUCUGAGGGUGCCCUGCUGGAAGAUAAGCCUGUUUGUAAUUGUGCCGGUUCUUGGACCUCUGGUUGCCUUGAUCAUCUGCUACAACUGGCUACACCGGAGAUUAGCAGGGCAGUUUCUCGAGGAGCUAAGGAACCCCUUCUGAGGGCUGCCGGGCCCGCGGGGACGCCCCGUCCACCGAGCUGCACACGCGUGCUCUCUGCCGUGGGGAC